AUGGGGCCCAGCUGGAUCUUCUGGGUUGAUGGGAUCAUGUUGGGGUACUGCGACCCCAAGAGCUCAGCCUGCUGUGUCCUCAGCUCCUUCCAGAUGAUGAAAGAGACAGCUGCGUGUUUGAUGCCAGACUCCUGGGUCAGCCACGUCUGGCACCGCUGCUUUGGCCCUGUGGCUAUUUUGAACUCCUUCAUCUGCACUGGCCUCUCUUGCUAUUCCCAGGAUAGCCACAGCCAGCAGCUUUUCCACAUCUGUUCUGUGCUGGGCACCCCCUUGCAGCUCGAGGGCAUCCUCUGGGAUGUGUGCCCGUGCCAGGCUUGGCCGUGGGGCCGCCUGAGCCCCACCAAGAUCCCCAGCACCUUCUGCCCGGCCAGGCUGGCCCUUGUGGGCAGCGCUGCCAUCACCAGCGCCUUGACUGUGGCCUUGGCCCAGACCCGUGGCUCUGGCAGCUCCCCAGGCCUUCCCAUGGGCUGGACCUGUGACAGCGUGCGAGGGGCUGGGCUGCAGAGCCUGGCAGGACCCAGCAUCCUGGCAGCCUCUCUGUGGUGCUGUUGGAUGUCUUGCAGUGUCCCUCUCCCAGCUCCCUCUGCGCCCAGUCUGUGCCUCAGUUCUCCCAGGGCAAGCCAGCGUGAUUCCAUGGAUCUGGGGCAGGCAUGA